CUGCGCAGUUUCUUAUGUUAAUUUUUGUUGCAUAUCAAAGGUGGUUUGAGAAUCAAUUAACAUUCUAUAAAUCCAGUUUUCAAACUGUGGAUUAGUCUGUGACACUUUUUGCCAAGAAAUUAGGCGAGAAAAAAAGUACUGAGUUUUUCCAUAGUCCGACUGUGAAAAAAGUUUAGAUUUUGGAUUUCGUAUGAUACAUUAUUUUGUUUAAAAAUUAGGAUUUAUUUUUGACAAUUACCGCUGAAACGAUAUGAUCGGUUUUCCAAAUGAAAUUUUAAUUUUCGAAAAUUGUUGAUGAUGUUAUUAAUGAACAAAAUGUUAGUGAUAUUUAUUGUGUUUUUGUUGACUAUAACAGACUGUCAGGCUUCAUCUGCUACCGACUGCCUGAAAAACUACGGAAGGAACAUUUCUCAUUUUGCCGUUCUCCCUGGAUUCGGUUGGGAUAAUCUCCGGAACGUGGAGGUGUCCAGAGUCGUGGAAUUUAAUUACUCGGAAUGUCAGUUGACAAAUGAUGGAUUAUACUUUCUUCCUAAUGGCAUCGACACCAUUCCACUCAAACAGAGCACACUGGACCAAUCGUCGGAAAUAUUCCAGACUUUUACGGAAUAUUCCAGCGCCACAGCUAAAUCUGUCAACGAGAAUACUGGAUUUCAUUUUCCCGGACAAAGAAUAAGUGGGGCGUUUUCUGACAGUUUCCUAAAGUCUAGGAACAUCCAGAUAAUGGAGAAAUCAGUUGUUGUCCGAUCACAGAUCAGAUACGUUAAAUAUAAGGCUAAGUUACAACCAGAUGCGAUUUUGAGUCCGGCCUUUAAGUUGGCUUUGUUAAGCAUAUCUCGUCAUGUUCUGUUCAACCGUACCGAGAUGGCGCGGUAUGAGAGCCAGGUGCUUGUCCGCGAUUUCGGUACUCACGUCAUCACCAGUCUAGAUGCCGGAGCCGCUUUAGUUUUGGAGGACCAUCUUAAAUCUGAAUACUUCAAGGAAGCCAAAAAAGAAAACAUUUUAUUGGGAGCAGGUGCUAGUUUGAGUGAAGUGACUGGUGUAGGAAUGGGUUCCUCUACCAAUACGAACCCAUCCACUGGCGAGUACAAGACAAACCUGGUACACUCAUUCGUCCAGACGUACGGUGGCUCAAUGUUCAUGACCGGAAACGGAAGCUCAUCCUGGUCGACCAAUCUUGAAAACCAUCUUGUUGCAGUUGAUAGAGAAGGAAUACCACUUUAUAAUUUCGUCAAUCUUCAAACUCUUCCCUCCAUCCCGUCUUCAAUCCUAUACGACGUAACAUCAUACAUAGAAAACGCAGUGAAAAGCUACUACGUCUACAAUUCCUACCCAGGAUGCACGAACGCCAUCGAUUCCAAUUUCAAUUCGCAAACUAAUUUUGACGACGGAAGUUGUAACAUUACAGAGGCAGAAGUUUAUUUUGGCGGGAUUUUUCAAAUGUGUGAUGUAACAUCAGACGAGGCGGGAGACGUCUGCUCCCAUCUGAAGCAGCCACACCUAAAAUCUCAAGGAUUUAUCUGUCAAACGGGUUUCCAAGGCAGGCUGAUUUACCGAUCCCAUUACUCCAAAACUUCGUCCAAAAGAGUUUGUAAGAAAUGUUACGCCUUUUUCAACUGCUGCGAAGAUGAACCUAUUUCCUCCAGUGCGGAUCUGAAAUCCUUCUGGUGUGCGGCUGAAAGUAAGGCCAACACACAACCGUAUUAUUUCUCUGGAGUAUAUUCAUCCAUUUUGGACAACGUUUUCACGAAAUCUAAAAGUUGUCCGUUAAAUUCGCAUUCCAGAUUGAUCGGCGAUGAUAUCCACAUUUGCCUAUCGGAUGAGGAAUCCAGUUCGGCUGUGAAAUUUGGAGGAAUGUUUAGUUGUUUGGGUGGAAACUCGCUAGCUACAGAAUCGGCAAAUAAUCCUAAAGCAUGUCCCAAAGGAUUCAGUGCUCGUCUCGCUGGUGUGAUUCAAGACUGCGCUAUCCAUUAUUGUGUUCCUCUGGGGUCUCUUCCCAUCGAAGAUUCCACUGUCACUGUGCGUCGUCCACCGUUCGCCCCCAAAAUCAAGCUCUACCCAUCUACCGAAGGCGGGGACAAUCCGGUUUACGACCCGGAGAAGCAGGAAUGGCUGUCGGAUCUGGAAUCACGUGAGUUGAAAGAGACAGAAUCCGUAGUGGAAUUGUCUGCAGCAGAAGCAGCAGUAAUCGCCAUCUUCGUAACUAUUAUCGUACUUGUAUUGUUGGGCUGUAUUGUUUAUUUCUACCGUAAGAGUCAACGAAGAUACCCAACUAACCGCGGGAGCGGGACAUCAAAUGGAACUGUAGAAGCGAACUUGUGA